AUGCGCACGCAGAGCAUUCGUGGAAAGCAAACGCCGCCGACAUGUACGACGUUCUGGAAUACCGCCUUCGCAACAACGACCGCGACCUUCAGAGCCUGCUCUCGAGGAGUACCGACCGCCUUGCGAAGCGGCGGCGACGGCGAUGACCGCCGAAUAGUCAACAGCGAUUCGGCCGCGGCAGGAGCGGCGGCUGAGAGCGCGGGCGGGGUGGCCGCGCAGAUGGGACAUGCACAGGGCAUGGGUAUGCCCAGCGGCCCCGGGGUUGGCGAAACGGCGGCGGCGGCGGCAGGCGAAGGGGCGGUCGUAACGCCUACCCGGCCGAUAGGGGGAGGAGAGAGCGGUGGGAGGGGGGGUUCGGCGACAGCGGGGCUUGGGCCGCCGGUACCCCCUAGCGUCGGUGGUAACACCGGCAGCUGUGGUCUAGGCCAGGCAGCAGGUGGCGGCGGCAGCGGUGGGGGGGCGUGGUUGAGACCGGGCACGACCGCAAAGAGCGGCGGUAACGUCGACGGGGUGCUGGGGACGCCCCCCCGCCUGCCUCGGCCCCUGGCCGACGGCAUGAUCGUGGAGGCCGCGACGGAGGCCGCUCGCUGGCUUGCGAUAGACGACCGCACGUGGCACCAGGGCAAGAAGUUCAUGGACGAGUGCAUCGCCGACUGCCCCAACGAGAAGAACCUUAUCCGGAGGAAGCUCACGCCGGACCAGUGGCGGGAGUCAAAGAUAAAAAGUAUCAAGGCGUCGAUCGCCGCCGACCCCUCGCUGGCUACUUCCCGGCACGUGAACAAGUCGGCCUUUCCGAUGGACGGCUGGACCCCCCUUCACGCCGCCGCCGCGAAGGGCAACGUGGAGUUCGUGAAGGUGCUGCUUGAGGUACCCGGGGUUAGCGCGUGGGCCGUGGACCUCCAAGGGAGGACCGCGCUAGCUCUUGCCGCCGCCGAGGGGCACCUCGAUCUGUGCCUGCUCCUCAAGGCCAGGAUGGAGAUGGAGUCCGCGGACACGAUCGUGGGCGUGAACGCUCCCGUGGACCUGUCGGGAAGGACGCCGCUGGCCUGGAGCGUCAAGGCCGCGCGGCAGAAGCGGAACAAAGAGGUAGAAGAACACCUCUACGCCGCCGGCGACGCCAGCGUGUGCCCCGCAACGCCGGCGGCCCUGCGCAGCGGGGGGGGUCGCACGGGGACCAAGGGGGCAGGGGGUGGGGGGCUGGGCGGCACGGCAAGGACGGGGGCCGGCCGCGGGGCCGCCGAGAGCAUCGGGGACGGGCUCCCCUGCGGGUACUCGGACGCGCCAGGCUGGAGGAUAGAGAUGGAGGACGCCAUCUGCCGGCACAACCCCAUCCCGGCGAACGACCCGGAGUCGCGCGAGGCUCCCCCUGCGGACCCCACGAGCAUGUUCGGCAUUUUCGACGGACACGGCGGCGACUUCACGUCCACGUUCUGCGCGAGAGAGCUCAUCGAGUGCCUGCGGGGGACAUCCGGAUGGAAGUCUGGCGACAGGGCUCUGGCUAAGCUGUGCCCGUCGGUGAUGGAAGCUUUCGUGAACGUCGACGAGCUCCUCGCCAAGCAGCCGAGGAUGGUCGUCACGGAGAGGAAGAACCCCUCCGAUGGAAAGCGGUUCGAGGCGAGGGAUGGCAGCGGGAGCACAGCGGUGGUGUCCCUCGUAACGCCUGCGCACGUGAUCGUCGCCAACGCUGGCGAUUCCCGCGCCAUCCUGAUCAUGGUUCCCCCCGACCACAACAGCAACAGCGGCAGCGGCAAGGGCAAGACGAGCAAGGUCAACAGCAGAAGCGACGGCACGAAGAUAACCGCCAGCGGCGGCGGCGGCGGCGGCGGCAGCAGCAGGGUGGGUGCGGAGAACAAGAAGGGCGCGGCGGAGACUAUGGCUGAAGCGUUGGGGCUAAGGCUUGGCGGCGAACGGAACUCCGGUGUAGAAGAGGAGAAGGGAGAGGAGGCCACGACCGUUGGCAGGCUAGAGGCAGAAGGGGAAGGGGGGGGGCUCAACGACUCGGUGAGGCUGGAAGACCAAGAAGAGGACGAUGACAACGAGGGGUGCGAGUUCGAUGGUGCCGACAAGAUUCGCGAGCUGCUGGAGUCGAUGAUGCUCGGCGGCGAGGCCAAGGAAGACGGCGGCGGCGGCGGCGGCGGCGGCGGCGGCGACGGAGCAAGACGGGACCGUGAUGAUGGCGGCGGGGGUGCGGGGGGGGUGAUGGUGACCGCGAUGAGCAGGGAUCACACCGCGGAGGACGAGGCGGAGAGGGAGCGGGUAACAGCGGCCGGAGGCAAGGCGUUCGAGGUGCCCUACACGGAGCAGGACGGGACGACUUGCGUGGUGGUACGAACCGCCUACGAUGACAAGGUGGAGGGCCAGAGCGUGGUGCCCACCAGAGGCUUCGGCGACCUGUACUACAAGCAGAGGAAGGACGACGACGGGAACCUGCUGCCCCCGGCGCAGCAGGUGGUGACGUGUUGCCCAGAGAUCAUGGUCCACGAGCGCGGGUCGAGCGGACAGGAAGAGCUUCUCCUUCUCGCCUGCGACGGGGUGUGGGACGUGUUCAAAGACCAGGACGCGGGGGAGUUCCUGGUGAAGACCCUGGACGUGCCCGUGGGGCAGGUCACGGGAGAACAGCUCGCCCUCGCCUGCGAUGCCCUCGUGAACGAGUGCCUGAGGAGGGGGUCGACGGACAACAUCACCGCCAUGGCGGUGUCGCUGGGGUCGGGACCCCCGCCCCGGCCCUCGUCGGCUGGCGGGAGAGUUCUGUUCAGCGACGGCCAGUAAUAGCGGAACCGCUAUCUACGCGAAACUCCACGGACUUUGAUUUGAGUAUUUUACACGCAUUAGUCUCUUUCCGGAGCCCCCAGCAGCUAGCUGGCGGGAGAGUUCUGUUGGGUGAUGGCCACUAUAAUAGUGGAACCGCCCUCGCCGAAACUCAAUGGAUUUGAUUUUUGAGUCUUUACACUCGUCAGACUCCUCCGGAGCACAGCAGUCAGUCAACCCUACUCCCGGUAGGCGGCGAGUUGCCUUGACAUAUUCGUUUUGGGUGGCGUCGUUUGACGCGUGGUAUUUUCCGUUUCAUCAAGAAUUAGUUCGGGAGGCCCGGCAAGCUUGUUGCUUGCUUGCGUUUUCGGUAUGAAUUCUGGCGAUUUUUCGUCCAAGCCACGACCACAACAUAUAUAUGGUCGUAAAUGUGGCGAAUAUUUUUGGUGGGUCGCGGAAGGCGCGCUGGUGUUGUUGCUGUUGUUCUCAUCGCGAUCCCGCCCGUGGGGAUGGCAGCGAGUUUUGUGGACGGGGCGACAAUCCUUCUCGCCCCAACUUUCGUCUGUGACCUGUCGCUCAACACGUUUGCCUCGUGGCAGCAGCGAGCGCACGCGGGGAUGGGGUUGUAUGUCUUAAUGCCGACAGGCCGGCUAAGGUGUUCGCCAUGUGGAGAAAGGAUGGGAUGAGUAAAACGUCUUGCUGGGGUGUAUCGAAGGAGGGGGGGGGGGGGGGGAUCUCUUUAACCGACCGACGGCUAGGGCCUGGUGUCGGCAUGGUGAGUACCAUACAGUCCGACAAAUAGGGUUGAUUGCUUUCUUGAGGCUGGUGUAAUUUUGCGUUCUUCAGUCUGCUGUCAUACUGCCUUUCUGUUUUCGAACGGGCUCUACUAGAAAAUACGCCUCCCCGAGUAUGCGCACCUACAACACGACGGCUGUAGGCCACGGUUGGUUGCGGCUGGACACGUCUCGUUGCACCUGUUGCUUGUUUGUUCCUACUUGGUUUGUGCAGCAAUGAUCGCGUUUUAGCCCGGCCGGACUACAUGUUUUGCUUCCCGCGUGAUCCUUUUCUUUUUCGUUAAUCGAUUACGCUUCCUCCCCAUCUCGAGGGGUACGAGGGCACAUGGGAAUCCGUUUCGACUUUGUGGAGCGCAAGCUUUUUCCCCGUAUCGUCGUCCUUUUUUUUUGUUUGAUUUAUUUUGUCACAACGAAAACAUCUACACGGGUGAGAGUCUGGGCUACCCGUGUUUGUACGAUCCCUCUCGUUUUUGCUUUUGUUUGGCGAGCGGAGAUGGCUCCUUCAUGACUGCGCUCUUGGUACGUAGUGCUGACUUGUGGUGGUGCAGGUUUAUGGUGGUCAUAUGGCGUUGAAGCAAAGAGCAGGAGGGGGGGCAGAUAGGAGGGGCAUGCACACGCAUCUUCCGGCAGAAAGGGUGUGAGACGUGUGCAUUUCACGUGCACGUUUUCGUACUUUUUUUUUUGCAGUAAAACACAGGCACGCCAAAUCGGCCCUGUUUUCAAGAUGUGCGUUUCCUUGUUGUAGCAGCGGGCACCGCCGUCGUGCUUUUUUUGAAGGCAACACGAUAUCCCUUACCGUACUUUUUUUUCUCUCUGGACCAAUUGGUGCAACAAGCUGUGGGAUCUUGUUUUUUUUUUUGACACUUGUACCUCUUCAAGUAUUUAAGCUUGUGAUCACGAAAACAAGUCGUUCUCCGCCUUUGAACACUGGAAAGAGGUUACAGCGGUGUUCUAAUUAAGCAGUUUUGUUCACUGUGGUGAGUGUUCUUGAAGACCGCGGGCCAUCCCUUCGAAGAUCGUGGCUUUGGGCAGUUAUUUAUUCGGGCAGUGAUGUUGAUAGGGUUUGGGGGUGACGUUGGGUUCGAAUAAUGAGCGUCG